AUGGUUCAAAUGACCGCAAUCUUGGCUACGGCCAUUCUCAGCCUCGCAUAUGCUGCACCUCUAAGUCCUGUUCAAGAAGAAGUGAAAGCACGAGAGCUAUCUUACGUGAAUAGCCGCGCAGCGGAAUUGAGCUAUGUGAAUUCGAAGCGUGAACCGGAAUUGAGCUAUGUCAAUUCUAAGCGCGAGCCAGAGCUCAGCUACGUGAACUCGAAGAGAGGACCAGAACUCAGCUAUGUCAACUCCAAGCGUGAGCCAGAGCUUAGCUACGUGAACUCCAAGCGUGAGCCAGAACUCAGCUAUGUCAACUCCAAAAGAGAACCCGAGCUCAGCUACGUCAACUCUAAACGAGAGCCAGAAUUGAGCUACGUCAACUCCAAGCGCGAGCCCGAAUUGAGCUACGUCAACUCUAAACGAGAACCAGAAUUGAGCUACGUCAAUUCCAAACGUUCCCCGGAACUCAGCUACGUCAACUCCAAACGUUCCCCCGAGCCCGAGCUCAGCUACGUCAACAGCCGCCACAGUCACAAGGAGUAA